AUGAAACGGAACGCUAUCAGCCAGUGGGAGCUGUCGGACCAUUUCUGGGCGGAAAGCGAUCCUCCGGAGCCGUGCGCGGCGGCCAAGAGCUUUCUGCAAAAAUGCGUCCGACAGUUCGACCGGUUGACGGCCGACAACCGCCGGGUCAAGUACCGGUUGACCGCCGCCGGCCGCGACACCCUGCCGGAGCCGGCGACCCGUCCUCCUCGUCCGCCUUGGAGAUCGAUGGACCGUGUUCACGGUUGUGGUUGCUGCGGUAUUGACGGUCGGACCACCGGUGCCGCUACUGAUAACGCGAUUAUUUUUGUCAACGACGGCGGUGGCAGUCGCGAUAACAGCAGCAAAGACGUGACGCCACUGCAGCCCCAACACCCGCCGCCGUGCGUAAUCAGACGAGCCGGCGACAAUUACGCGGCCGCCAACGCCACUGACCGCGGUGAAACCGGAACGUUUAAUACCGUUCCGUACCGCGAGGUUAGUACCUUUGCUUAUACAUUAUAA